GGUUCUGCUGGAGUCCUGGGACGUGUGGACAGACCUGGACCUGAGCUGAGUGAAGAGAUGAAGCUGGAGCUGAAGACUGAGCUGCUGAAGUUCUGCUCUGCAGGUCUGAACUCCAUCUUCCUGGUCCUGGGUCUGAGCGUAGCCGGCUGUGCUGUCUGGAUCCUGUUUGACAAAGGAAGCUUCCUGAGCGUCCUCUCCUCCGUGGAGCUUCACACAGUGGCGCUGGGGCUGUUGGUGAUUGGUGGAGUGGUGACAGCGGUCGGUGUUAUUGGAUGUGUAGGAGCUAAUGGAGAGCACAGAUUCCUGCUGCUGAUAUACCUGGGCUUCCUCAUCAUCCUGGUGCUGGCCCAGCUGUUCGUCACACUGCUGCUGCUCAUCAACAGAAACAAGAUUGAACAGAGCCUGGAUGCAGGAGUGGAUCAGAUCAUCCUUCAGUAUGGAGGCAGCAGUAACGUGGACACACUGAUGGACAACGUGCAGCACUAUGGGAAGUGCUGUGGCAGGACGGGGGCUGCUGAUUGGCUGAAGAACUCCUACGUCCACAGUCUGAACCUGACCGGUCCAGACGUACUUCCCUGUUCUUGCUUCAGUUCGUACCGUCGCAGCUUUAACUCGUCCUGGUGCUCGGAGCUGCUGAACUUCACCGAGCCGCUGUUCGGACGAGGAAACAGCUCGUACCAUCAGGGCUGUAAACAGACGCUCGGAGUCUGGCUGCAGGAGAACACUCUGACCAUCGUCAGCAUGGACGUCAGCCUCAUGUUAAUCCAGGUGGUUCAGUUUGCGGUCAUGGUCUCUCUGUAUCGCGCGCUUGGAAGGAAAGCCUCUUUGAAAGGAUCUGAUCUGCAGGCGGACUCUGACCACACCUCGUUGGACCACGUCCCCACAGACGACCUGGACAAUGAGGGGCGGAGCUACGCCUACGUAGACUCUGAUGGUUAUAAAGACUCUGCUGACACCUCAAAUUACCGUGAAAACGCAGAUCCUACCUCCCACCAUGACAGCCAGAACCACAACCAGGUGAAGCUGGAGCUGGAGCCAGCUCGGGGCUGCAGGAAGGCCUCCAGCUAAACUGUUCACUCAAAAAUCUGACAGCUUAUAGGCUGAUUAUGUUCCACCACAUUUCAGAGGGAAAUACACUGAACUUUUUCCACACUACAUCAAUCUGACCAGUGAAGUUACUUCACACUAAUAAACAAAAUGUAAACAACUCAUAAAUUAUUUACAUUUGGAAAGGACACAAGCUCAAUACCAAACAGAGUCAGUUCAAAUCACCAGGGUCGAGUCAAGAUGACUCGAGUUGUGAAGGAAGGAGAGAAAACGAAUAAACACACCAACAUACUGACCAAUCAGGGAGGAGUUUACAUCUGGAAACGUUGCUGUUCAUCUUCUUAUUAGAGAGUGAGAACUUUUUUUAUGGCUUCAUAAAGUGUUUCAACUGGAAUUAAUACAAUUAUACACCCAGUAAUAAAUAUGCACGUGUUUCUUAUAAUAAGCUGUCACGUCUAACUGGGUCAAGUGGCACCACUGUUUCCUUUAAAGUAGGUCUAACAUCCUCUGCUUCUGCUGGUCAGUCGUUUCACCACCACAGCCAGCUGAGUGGAGGAUUCUCAGCAGAUGGUCAGUGAC